AGAAAUACAGAGAGUGAGCAUCAGGCCAGACUCCACCCUCCCUCAGUUUUUGCAAAAAUAUUCCUACCAAGCGAGUGGUGUGAGGAGAGUUGGAAAGUUCAGAGGCAGAACCUGACUCCCUCUUUCAGCCACACAGACUCGCACACACACAGGCUCACACAGUGUGUGAGUUUCACAUACGCAGACUCACACAGGCCCACCGCUGUAGCAGGGGCACAAGCGCGAAACGGCAUAGCGUCACAACAGCCCGGACUAUCUUUUCUGCACCACACCCUUCCUCACCAUGGGGACCCUCCUCCUCAUCACUGCCACUCUCUGCCUUGCUGGAGCCCAGCACCAGGGCCUAAUCGACUACCUGGAGCAGAGACUGGUGGCUAUUGAGGGGCGUAUCUCUUUGUGGCACGAGCAGUCCAACCGCUACGCCACAGAGCUGCGAGAGUUCAAGCAGCAGAUGAACGGGCUGACGGAGAAUUUGGAGAAGGGACACGAGGCCCUCCGCAGCGACGCAGAGACCGUGGGCACCCGCGUGGAGCGUCUGGAGCGCGAGCUGGACUACAUGGAGACCCAGAACCCAGCACCGCCCUGCGUGGACAUGGACAAGAACCUGAUGGAGCAGGAGAUUAUGACUGCAAAGGAAAAACCCAAGGCUGAAUACAAGCUUUCAGAUUGCAGAGACAUGAUCUCCAGAAUUAAAGCCAUGAAGAUUGUGAAGAAGGCAGGCGGCCUGAAAGGAGUGUGGUUCAAAGACACUAGUGUGUCGGGGAAGGUCUACGUCUUCAAUGGCACCAGCAAGGACGUGCUGUAUGAGUUUGGCUCCGCACGGGACCUGGCGGCCUCCGUGGGGCUGUCCCGCGGCAGGCCAAUCCACCUCCCGUUCCCCUGGAGCGGGAUGGGCCACACCAUUUACAACGGCUAUGCCUACUACGUGACGGAAGGGGCAGUGUUCCAGCUGAUCAAGUACGACCUGCAGAACGGGUCCGUGGUGGACAGCGCUGUGUUCUCGGCCGACGACCAGGUGCCUGUGUACGGACUCUCUCCGGAGACCUACAUCGACCUGUCGGCAGACGGGGGGGUGCUGUGGGCGCUCUUUGCAACGCGGGACACCGAGCGCACCAUCAGUCUGGCGAAGAUGGACCCCGAUACCCUGGAGGUGGAGCAGAUGUGGGACACGCCCUGUCCGAGAGAGAACGCAGAGGCGGGCUUUGUCAUCUGCGGCACGGUGUACGUGGUCUACAACACCAAGCUGGCCAGCCGCUCACGCGUGCAGUGCGUCUUCGACGUCGACGGCCUGGUGACCAGCGACGAGGCCCCGCUGAUCUACUUCCCCAAACGAUACAGCACCCACUCCAGCCUCAAGUACAGCCCCCUGGAGAAGAUGAUCUACGCCUGGGAUGAUGGCUACCAGAUUCUUUACAAAAUGGUCAUGAAGAAGAAGCUGGAAGUGUGAGCGCCCCCUGGUGUCCGAUGAUAUAACCACAUAAUAAGUGACAGAUAAUGAGGAAUAUUUAUCUUUCACAGCAAAGAAUACACAUACACAAAACAUUCAAAUACAUUAAAGUAACUUCUUACUUAUACCUUUCUGGUGUGCAAAGCACCCCUUACAUUACAAUUUUGAGAUGAGUAGGAAUAUUAUUCUGCACAUUAUUGGUCUCUUUCAAUAUCCUUCAACAAUUGUUCAAACCACAUAUAUUUUUCUUUUUUAUCCAAAAUUGUCAUUGUACUUGUCACACUACAGAAUGAACAUUGUUUUCCUAAAUGUUUCAGCAAGGAGAGGAUAGAGCAAACUAAUGAGUACUGUAAAUUCUUGCUGAUCUUGGGAAAGUGUCUCACCAUUAAGCAGGAAUGCCAGGCAACACCCACAGUAGUUUUUGAAAAGAUUUAACACUUAACACUUGUUAAUUUACCGAAAACCCUCAAAAACUUUUUCAUCUCUUGUAAACACAGUUUGAACAUGUCAUUAACAAGAACACAAGCAAUGCAUUGAAACCAGGAGGCCCUGAGGGUAACAUGAAAGAAAGUAUUACUUUGUUGUUAAGACAUUGAGAAAUUACAGAGCUAUAGGGAAAACCGGCUGCAAUAUGUAACUCAUUAUGCAUCAGUGUAAAUUUGCAGGGGUGCACACAAGGGCUGUUUCACGAUGAUGUGCCAAUUUCUGCUCUUAAUUAUUUAAUUAGCUCAAUCAUAUCUUGAUCUAAUAUUUGUAUAAGCACCAGCUGCAGCCACAAACUGCAAGUGUAUCCCAAAUAUUUUACUUUGUUCAAGCUCAAGAGUGAACCAACAUAGUUUAUAGUGAUUUGUGAAAAAUAAAACUAAGGUAAUUGGUUAGACAAAAAGCCAGCACUUGGUUGUGCACCCCUGGUGUAAUGUAUCACUUGUAUUUGGUGGUUUUCUUGUCACCUAUUUAUCAGAUUUAAUUUCAUGCCUUUUGAAUCAUGUCACAAAAACUUUAUUAUAUGUUGUAGGCAAGUAGCAUCUGGUUAUUUACAUUUUAUUUGGCAAUGUUCUCCAAUCUGAUUUAGCCAAUUCUCCAUAGCAUGAAUGUGUAGACACUGGAUUUGUAACCAAAAGAUUUUCUUAUUUUUUUGCAGUGCUGGGCUUGGGUAUCAUACAUACUUGUGCCUGUAGAGAACACUAAAUACAAAUACAGACUUUCUUCUGAACAGGCUUCUAUCUUCAUGUGUAAAUAUAACCAACGCUUGCUUGCUGCUUGGAAAAAGGAGUAUGGUCAUCAGCUGGUAGCUGCCACAGCAAUAAAGCUUUGUUUACAUUGGAAAAGGACACCCACUGAAACAAGUCAUUUUAGAACUAAUCGUUUUAUUGUGGCUUAUUUAAAAUACAAGGACAGUUUUCCGAACAGUUUCAAACAGUUAUUUUACAAAUACAAAGUUUCAAUACAAAAAAUUGGAAAGUCAGUUAAUCGGCCAGAUAAAUGGAAAGGGAACAUUACGCACAUUAAUAAACACUAUGCACGAUGAUACUCAAAACUGUGAAGUGUUCAAACGGUCUUAAGAACCACAGCUAAAUCAGUUUGAACCCCCCUCCGGUUUCUAUGAACAGAGGGAUAUCAUCACACGCACAUUUGCACGCGCACAAACACGCACACUGGAGGAACUGAUAGGAGGAGGGGGGGAACAUGUCAAUCAAUUAUCUUUUCCUUGUCCGUCUACAAACUGGAGUCAGUUGGAAUGUAGGGAACCAAUUAGGGUAGCUAUAUAUAAACACGGACGUCUCGACAAUCACGUAGUGCGUAACUGAAGAUGGCGCAGAGAUCACUCCAGCUGAGAACGCCGCCUCUCGUACUUCAGAAUUAACAACUGUCAAUUAGCCAAAUGUCACAUCUCAGAGGUAUCUGGCCCGCCCACAGCCUCAUGGAGGAGCUACGCUUAUUUCCGUCCAGGGAAACCCUGGUUUUGCUUAUGAAUCCCGAAGUGUUGUAAAACUGUUUCUACAGAGAAAUGUGUUGGAAAAUAAAACAUGCUGUCACAGACAGGCAGUUAUCGAGUUAUUAUUCUUUAAGGAAACAGGAUCCUUCCUGUUUUUUUCAUUGUUAUUUUUUAAUUUCGAGUUCUAAGGUCUGUCCCAUGCAUCAAUGUUCAUUUUAAAUCAGAACAUCGCCUUUAAAUCUUUUGUUUGAUUAAAAAAAGUGUUUUUUUAUGGUCUUUUGGCUGACAAGCAACAAAAAGGCUGAACCCCAAAUAUAUUAAAAGCUGAUCCACAAAAUCUCAGUAGGUUUGUGGUUAUUCGAGAACCUCCUUUGAAGGAUGUCCUCUUGGUUUACAGGGAAUGAAAGCACACGCCUUUCAAGACUUCUCACCUUUGCUCUUGAGCUAUAGCAUUGUAUGGUCAGAGUAAAGUAACACUAUGCAAGCCCUCCAAAUAUGAAGCAGAUGGUGAAUGACUCUUUCUUCAGUGGGUCCCCCAGAAAAGGUUUCCAUUGUGCUUUCAGUCUAAAGUAUUGUGCAAAAGAUAGUGCCUUUAUUUCACUAUGAAAAUGAUGAAUGGUUUGUACGUCUCUAUGUCUCAUUGCAUUUUUAGAAAAAGCAUGCUUCAACAGCCGAAGAAAUCUCUAAAGCAGUGCUUUCCUCUUUGUGACUAAAAAUUCAGGUUUUACAAAAUGUACAGAGGGCAAGUGUUGCUGUUGAUUGCUGUUAGAAUGACUAUUAUGGGACACAAUUAUGGUGUUUAUUAUGGUAGGACAUUAUGGUAAAAAUUGUCUACUGUGGCCUUAAUUUAUUUUUGUCAAUGUCUGACUGAAAUGGCAGUUUAUUGUCUCAUUUAUUGGCCUCAAGAAAGUGUAAACUGAAACACUGCAACUUUUCUUAGCUCGUACUCAGAAACUCUGGCCAUAAAAGCAAGGGCUUCGCCUCAUUACCUUCAAGCGAUAACAGUAACCACAAGAUUCACUUUAAAAUAAGACAUGAAGAUACAUUCUACAGGAUGGAAAUCAACACAACACUAACCUAUGCUAAUGGGUCUGUCUGCAUCACUUCUGCAUCUAACACAACUACUACCUAUGAACAAUUUUAUAACGAUCUUAUGAGCAUCAAUUUCAACUUUAAAACUAGCAGGUGCAAGUCAAUGUGUCUGAACAGAGUGAAUUGUGGGAUUUAGUGUUUAAUUCAACUGCAUAAUUGAGCACCAUUUUGUUUCAUAUCUUAAAAACAGAACAUUUUCAAAUGAUUUUAGUGGAUUUGAAAUGGAGUUAUAGUGGAAUCUCAAGUUUAGAUCAGUGUAAAAGAAAGUCAGGAAUUCUGGCCCACAGGCCUGUUGAAAAUGCAUAAUUCAGCAUUCAGUCAGGUUUGUGCUCGAUGUACAGGUAGAAAGGGUGUAAAGAUGUUUUGUUAUCCAAAGACAACAUUAGUGCUGUAAUUAAAUUGACUAAAUUAUUACUCUGUUUAAAAUACAUAUUUUCAUCAAGCCGUGUUGAGUCCUGCAAUGCAAAUAAAAGUAUUUUCUCUUUGAAAA